AUGGCAUCUUCGCAAUCUGCAGAUGAUGCGAGAUAUCCCACAGAUCCGUCAGCGCCUCUCAAGAACGUCGUUGUGUGCUGCACAAGCAUCCCGCCAGACCAAAGAACCGACAUUGCCCAAAAGGUCGCUGAACUCGGCGGCAUCCACAAGUACGAUCUCACUCCGGACGUGACCCAUCUCAUCGUCGGCGACUAUGACACGCCAAAGUACCGCCACGUUGCUCGCGAGCGGCCCGAUAUCAAGGCCAUGGAUGCCAUGUGGAUAGAGGCCGUCACGGAACUUUGGAAAAACGACGACGAGAUUGACUUCACAGCCCUAGAAGAGAAGCAUCAGCUCAGGGCGCUGGAGAAAUGCGGCGCCGACACAGCAUCGCCGCACGAGGGAAGCGCAACUGGUCGCCAGGCCCUGCUGAUAUGCCUGACGGGAUUCGGAGAGCAGCGCGACGAAAUCGCCGCAAGGAUCGCGGCCAAUGGCGGCCGAUACACCGGCGACUUGACGAGGAGGUGUACUCAUCUCGUCGUCAGCAAGCCUGAAGGCAAGAAGUACGCCGCGGCCAAGUCUUGGGGCGUCAACACCGUCACGCUUGGCUGGCUGGACCAGAGCAUACAGCGUGGUCUCAUUCUGGAGGAAGCCAAGUUUGAUCCGUUGCUCCCAGUCGAGGAACAAGGCGUCGGCGCUUGGAACAAGGAGGACCCGAGACGCGCGUCACUUGGCAAAAGAUGCAGGCCGGCUUCGUCCAACGCGAAUGCUACAGACGAGAGAGGGGUGAGGAAGCUCCGCAAAACCGCCAGCAUGAAGCUGAGCUCGCAGAGAAAAAAUCUCUGGGGCGACAUCCUCGGCCGCUCCGGCUCAGGAGAACAUUCGUUUGGUAGCGAGCAGGCCGGUUCGGAACAGCCGACACGACAGCAAGCAACUCCCGAGCCUACUAUUCCACAGCCUCAUCAGCAGCACAACAACGGCGUGUUUGCAAACUGCGUAUUCGCGAUCCACGGGUUCACUGAGAAACGCCAAGCCGUGCUUGAAGAUACUAUUGCCACGCUGGGGGGUUCCGUCGCUUCGUCGCUUCGGGAGGCGGCGAGCUGUCGCCAAACGGAGCAGUCGCAUUGCUUUCUUGUCGUGCCUCAAACGUCACGGCUUGAAUCACACCCCAAAAUGCCCUACGACGGCGUCGAAACUAUCACCGAGUUCUACGUCGAAAGGUGCUUGCACAACAAGCAAUUCCUGUCUCCCGGUGAACACGUCCUGGGACGGCCGUUCCCUCUGUUCCCGAUACCCGACUUCUCGCAUCUCGUCAUAUGCAGUGCGGCUUUUACAGGGUUGGAACUGAACCAAGUUGCGCGAAGUGUUUCCCAGCUAGGAGCCAAGUUCGAGGAGGAGUUUAGGCGGACAACCAGCGUUUUGGUUUGCAAGUCAUUGAGGGCAAUGCGCAGAGACAAGCUGAAAUACGCACUGGCCUGGGGGGUUCCCGUCGUGUCUGCGGAGUGGCUGUGGGAAUGCAUUUCGACGGGGUCCAGCGUGCCGCCGAGCAACUACAUCUUUCCAGAGAUCCGAGACCGAUAUCCAGCUCAGUCAGCUCCGGGCCCGACGGAAAUCAAAGAACCAUCGCAGCCUCCAAAUGCAAGGACAGACAACGCCACACAACAAACCCGCGGUGCCGCGGGGCCAGCCUCGUCCAGACCAAAGAUGGUCGGCGGGUUCGAGGCCAGUGCCUUUGACAAAGACUCGCACGAAGAGCAGAGCGCUGUCCGUCAAAACCCAGCCCCUGCCCAGGGCAUACCUCGACUCGAGGUCGCAACCUCGGCAGACUUCUUCACAGCACGAAGCCAACCGGCUGGCGCAUCCACCAAGGACGACGAUGCCGCGUUGACGGAAGCAUCCUGCGCGAGACUCAACAAGACGCCGUCGCCGUCGAGGCACACGGCCCCUGUUACCCGUACGAAGUCAGACCCGAAUCCAAGUGGCUUCGUCGAGGAAGCAAGCAUUCCUGCCCGUGGGCCAUGCGCUCCGCCUCGACGCAUGUCGUCACCCCCGCGAGACAGUCGCGAGACAGCCGCGCAACAAGACCAAAAAAAAGCAAGAGCAGCACAACAUCAGGCUCGAGCGGCCGAGCGAGAGGCCCUCUCUUCCAGGCUGUCCAGCCUCAUCGACUCGGCGGCCAUCCCGGGCCCCCUCGACGGCAACUGCCAUGUCCAAGCGUUCCCCCGUCCUCGCCGUCGCCAGCUCCUCGGCCGCGCCAUCAGCAAUGCCUCCAACGGCAGCAGCGCGGCAAGUGUAGACGGCAGCGGACCACCUCCCCGACAACUAACAGACAGCCUGAGGGCCGCCAUGGCCGGCGUCGCUGACGACGACGUCGACCACGACCACGACCACGACCACGACCACGACGCCACGUGCAAGCAAGACACCCAGCCCCCCUCUACACAGUUGCAGUACGCGGAUCCAGAAGCACAGCAGGUAAAGGCCGCAUUGAUGAACAAAAUGAUGGGCAGGGACGAGCCAGCCGUCUCCGCGGCGCAAACCACUGCCGUCGCAGGAGCGAGGUCGCUGCGGAAGCCGACGAGAAACGGACGAUGA